AUGGGCUCUCUACCAUCAAUCGACGGGGACUUUUGCUCUUUACUCCCCGAGCUAACCGUUCGAGAGAAGAUCACACUCUUAUCUGGCCAAGACUUCUCCACGAUUGCUGGUGUAUCCAGACUGAGCAUCCCGCCAAUCAGGGUUGCUGACUCAACCUCUGGAAUUCGACCUUCAGGCAUUGAAGCGAAUCUCACAACCGCGUCAUUCCCUAAUACAACUUGUUAUGGAUCAACAUGGGAUGCUGAACUAAUGCAUCGCGUUGGCGUUCAGCUUGCCAAACAAGCACGAAUGAAAGGCGCCCAAGUUGUCUUGGGGCCAACAAUCAACAUACAUAGGGACCCCCGAGCCGGCAGAAACUUUGAGUGCUUCAGCGAGGACCCGCUGCUUUCUGGACAACUGGCUGCAGCGCUUGUGAACGGUGUCCAGUCUUUAGGUGUUGCGUCUUGUCCCAAGCAUUUCGUGUGCAACGACUCAGAGACCUUGCGACGAUACUACAAUGUGAAAGAAUCAGUCGAUAGUCGCGGGCUUCGCGAGAUCUAUCUUGCGGCAUGGCAGCAUCUACUGCGUUCAUCUAAUCCCGAGGGGGUUAUGACUGCAUACAACAAGGUUGACGGCCACUUUUGUAGCCAGAGUUCUUCCUUGAUACAACGUAUCUUGCGAGACGAAUGGGACUUCAAAGGCUUAACCAUGUCGGAUUGGUUCGGCACUCAUGCUACGACCGAGCCAGUCAAGGCCGGGCUCGAUAUCGAAAUGCCUUUCCCUGUUUUCAGAGGAGAUAAACUUCUGAAGGCAUUGGAAUCAGGGCUGGUGACAGAGAAUGAGAUCGAUACCUUGGUCUUGAGAGCUCUUGAACUUCGCAAUCGAGCCCGAGCUGCUCUCGAGUUUAGAGAUGAACGGUCCGAGGUGAAUGAGGAGACAAAUAAACUGGCUCGAGAAGUUGCAACCAGAGGAAUGGUACUUCUAAAGAAUGAGAACUAUGCCUUACCGAUUAGAGAAGAGCAUCGUUCUCGCAUAGCUGUGAUAGGUCAGUAUGCUGCUGACCCGGUGAUCACCGGAGGUGGCAGCGCAUCAUCUAUCCCUCAAUAUCGACACUCUCCUCUGGAUAUUCUGAAGAAAAGGCUACCCGGUGUGGUGCAAUAUUCUCCGGGUGUGCGGACUCGAAGAAUAAUUCCAAUUGUACCACACGAGAAGCUUAUAUCAUCUGAAGAAAACCCCGGUGUCGCCGUUCGAUACUUCAACGCACAUGAUGCCAAGCCAGUACUCGAAGAGUUCCAGAAAGAAGCCAAUGUUUGGAUGCUUGGCGACUUUGACAAGAAAGGGUUGAAGCCUGUUGGCUCGCGUAUAGAAAUAGUGACCAGGCUGAAGCCAGAAACCUCUGGUAGUCAUACCUUGGCCGUAAGAUGUACAGGUGCAUUCUGUUUAUCUGUCAAUGGCAGAGAAGUACUCUCAGGCGAAGAAAGAAAGGUCACGACCGAACAGUUCAUCUUCAACCACAUCCUAUUGGAGUCUGAGGUUCAAGUUUCCAUGGAUGCUGGGGUAGUGUACGAUAUCGCCCUGAGCAUGGAUGGCCCUCAAAAGCUUCAAAUUGGCGAGCCCACUCCAUACGCCGCCGCCAUAUGCUUCGAAGAAUAUUAUUCCGAAGAUACUGCCAUCGCGGAGGCUGUCGAGAUUGCGCGAUUUGCUGAUGUGUCCGUUAUCUACGCUGGAAGAAAUGAGCAAUACGAGUCAGAAGGCUUUGACUUAGAUGACAUCCGAAUGCCGGAGAAUCAGACAAAAAUGAUCAAAGCAGUGGCAGCAGUUGCAAAAAAGACCAUACUGGUCAUGCACUGUGGAAACCCGAUCGAUGUCAGUGCUUUCAUAGACAGUGUAGACGGUGUUCUACUCGCUCACUUUCCUGGUCAGGAGGGUGCCGCCGCAACUGUGGAGCUUCUCCUGGGUGAUAUCUGCCCCAGUGGACGUCUAGCCACGACAUGGUUUAAGACCCUGCAAGACUCGCCUAGUUAUAAUAACUUUCCUGCCAAAGACACAGAGGACGGAGACCCAUGUCUUCGGUAUGCUGAGGGUGUCCAGGUUGGCUACCGUGCCCUAGGCUCUAUGGAUCGAGUCAGAUGGCCUUUUGGUUAUGGUUUGUCAUACACAACGUUCAACCACAGCAAAUUGCAUGCUUUGGUGGAUGAGACUUCCGAGCCAAAGAAACUCAAGUGUAUCUUGGAUGUCCAGAAUACAGGUACCGUCGCUGGCCAGGAGGUUGUCCAAGUUUUUAUUAGGCCGUCUGAAACGACCAAGGUAUGGAGACCGGAACAAGAACUGAAAGGCUUCAGUAAAGUUUUGCUCGAACCAGGAGAGCGUCGGCAAGUCGAUGUGGAGAUGGACCUCGACGUGGCCUGUAGUUACUGGGACGAUCAAGAGAAUACUUGGAGACUUGAAGCAGGAGUGUAUGGAGUCACUGUGGCAGGCCAAAUGGCAGAGUUCAAAAUUAGCAAGACCACCACAUGGAAUACGCUCUAG